UUUACAAGGGGUUAGACAAAAGAGAUUGCACCCACGAGAGGGAAAUCCUCAAGGAAGUGGUCUGAAAUGGGCUGUGGAGAGAAGUUCUUGUGUGGCACAAUGACAAAAUGUAAUCAGGAAGUGGCCUACAUGGCAUUUGUUCAAGUAGGUUCUUGGAGUACUUUCUCAGCGGGUUAUUGAGAGUACCUGACUAACAGACUAUGAGGCAUGAAAAAGUUGUAAGGUGUUCAACUGCUUCAGGCUGAGCAUCCUCUUCUUCUUCCAGGUGGAUUUAGGCUUCCAAGAAAAGCUUUCAGUAGACAAUCCAAUGGCAGACCAAAGGAUGGACAUUUCCUCUACAAUUAGUGACUUCAUGUCACCAGACCCUGCUGAAUUGAUUUCCAGUUCCCUUAGCACUUCAGGAGUGGAUUGUAAUCGGAAAAGGAAGGGAAGCUCUACUGAUUAUCAACUUGAUGGCUUUCCUUUUGAGGAAGGUAUGGAUACAGAUAAAGAUGACCAACAUGGAAGGCUGGAGUAUGCAGACCAACAAGGGAGAAUAAAAAAUGCAAGGGAGGCUCACAGUCAAAUUGAGAAAAGGCGUAGAGAUAAAAUGAACAGUUUUAUAGAUGAACUGGCAUCCUUGGUACCAACGUGCAACGCUAUGUCUCGAAAGCUAGAUAAACUCACUGUAUUGAGAAUGGCAGUCCAGCAUAUGAAAACAUUACGUGGUGCUACAAACCCAUAUACAGAAGCCAACUAUAAGCCUGCUUUUCUGUCAGAUGAUGAAUUAAAACAUCUAAUACUCAGGGCAGCAGAUGGAUUUCUUUUUGUUGUGGGCUGUGACAGAGGGAAGAUACUGUUUGUUUCAGAAUCUGUCUUCAAGAUCCUCAACUACAGUCAGAACGAUUUAAUUGGUCAAAGUUUAUUUGACUACCUUCAUCCUAAAGACAUUGCCAAAGUGAAAGAGCAGCUAUCUUCUUCUGACACUGCACCACGAGAAAGGCUUAUAGAUGCAAAAACUGGACUCCCAGUUAAAACUGAUAUAACACCUGGGCCAUCACGACUAUGUUCUGGAGCAAGGCGGUCCUUCUUUUGUAGGAUGAAGUGCAACAGACCUUCAGUGAAAGUAGAAGACAAGGAUUUUCCUUCAACCUGUUCAAAGAAGAAAGCAGACCGCAAAAGCUUCUGCACUAUCCACAGUACAGGAUAUUUAAAAAGCUGGCCACCAACGAAAAUGGGACUAGAUGAAGAUAAUGAGCCAGAUAACGAGGGUUGUAAUUUAAGCUGUCUUGUUGCAAUUGGUCGCCUGCAUCCUCAUGUAGUACCACAGCCAGUCAAUGGUGAGAUCAGGGUGAAACCUACAGAGUACGUUUCUCGACAUGCAAUAGAUGGAAAAUUUGUUUUUGUAGACCAGAGGGCAACAGCCAUUCUGGCAUACUUACCCCAGGAACUUCUAGGUACUUCAUGUUAUGAAUAUUUCCAUCAAGACGAUAUAGGACAUCUUGCAGAAUGUCAUCGACAAGUUUUGCAGACAAGAGAAAAAAUUACAACAAACUGCUACAAGUUUAAAAUAAAAGAUGGUUCUUUUAUUACCUUGAGGAGUCGCUGGUUCAGUUUCAUGAACCCUUGGACCAAAGAAGUAGAAUACAUUGUCUCAACAAAUACUGUUGUUUCCACCAACAUACUUGAUAGCGGAGACGCAGCCUUUCCACAGCUUGCAGCUUCUCCACACAGUAUGGACAGCGUGCUUCAGGCUGGAGAAGGCGGUCCAAAAAGGAGUCAUCCUACUGUCCCUGGAAUUCCAGGAGGAACAAGAGCUGGGGCAGGAAAAAUAGGAAGGAUGAUUGCUGAAGAAAUCAUGGAAAUUCACAGGAUAAGAGGAUCAUCACCAUCUAGCUGUGGUUCAAGUCCACUGAACAUUACCAGCACACCACCACCCGAUGCCUCCUCCCCUGGCAGCAAGAAGAUCCUGAACGGUGGCACUCCAGACAUUUCUUCAGCUGGAUUACUAUCUGGGCAAAUCCAAGAUAGCUCUGGUUACCCAUAUUCUGAUAACUCCUCUAUUCUUGGGGAGAACUCCCACAUAGGCAUCGACAUGAUUGACAACGAUCAGGGAUCGAGCAGCCCUAGCAACGACGAAGCAGCGAUGGCAGUAAUAAUGAGCCUUCUUGAAGCAGAUGCAGGUCUGGGUGGCCCCGUAGAUUUCAGUGAUUUGCCAUGGCCCUUGUAAAUGAUGCACCUUGCUUCAACAUCCAAAUAUCAAAGUGCAUUUAUUGGUGGAGUUCUGCAGUCUGUGAAACUCAGUGGAUGGAGAAGCUUUUAUGUAUGAAUUUCAUAAAAGCCAUAUCAGAAUGCAACUCAUUCUUACCAUGUGUAAUGUCAGACAAAGUGGAAUAACCCGCUACAGUGUUCCGUGUUGAUUUGGUUAGCUGUGUAUAGCUUGCAAUACCUGUAUAUUUUGGAUUCUGUUAUUUGAAUUUUUUUUUAAUCACUGUGCAACUCACGGGCAUCAGUGGUAGCUUUUAUAUGCAAAUGACCAUUUCAGAUGUAUGGUGUGUUUUUACACUGCAAAACAGUCCCCAUGUGGAUAUUUCUUAUACUAAUUGUACCAUAAAGCUGUUUAUUCUUUCUUGUAAGAAUCCUUUACUAUAAAUAUUGUUAAAGUGUAAUGUAUUAGACAGUUAAAUAUUUUUAAAAUAAAUGUUUCCCUUGUUCUAA